GGUAUUCUGCGUUCCUACGGGAAGUGUAAAGGGACAAUUCUGUGUUAUUAGGGUGAACCACUGGCUUGCUGCUUUUCCUUGAACAUGGCAGCACAUUUGAAAAAACGAGUUUAUGAGGAAUUUUCCAAAGUUGUCCAGAUUCCCCAUGAAGAAGCUCCAACCAAGAAGCUGCGCUUGUCCAAACCCAGUAAAUCUGCAGCUCUGCACAUUGACCUCUGCAAAGCCACCAACUCCACCGAUGCGCUGCAGUACCUGCUGCAGUUUGCACGUAAACCGGUGGAGGCGGAGAGCGUGGAGGGAGUGAUCCGGAUCCUGCUGGAGCAUUACUACAAGGAGACUGAUAACUCAGUAAGGCUGAAGAUUGCAUCUCUUCUGGGUUUGCUGUCCAAAACAAACGGUUUCAGCCCUGACUGCAUUGUAGAUGACGUCAUUAACACACUUGGAAAUGAGAAGUCCCAUCAGGUUCUUGCGCAGCUGCUGGACACCUUGCUGGUGAUUGGGACCCAGCUACCUGAAAGUCCUGCAGUCAGACGGAGGCUUGUAGAAAUGGCCUGCAAGCUCCUAUCUGACACAUAUUUCGGGGUGAGGAACAAGUGUCUGCAGCUCCUGGGAUGUGUCGGCAUGGUGGACACACCUCUGGCGAAAGACAUUGAGGGACCAAGCUCAUCACUAGGAGGAGUCAGGGAAGUCCAGAACAUCAUCAGUAACUACUUCGCAGACCAGGACCCUAGAGUACGCACUGCGGCCCUCAAAGCCAUGCUGCAACUUCAUGAGAGAGGAAUGAAGAUUCAUCAGAUCAUUUACGAACAGGCCUGCAGGCUGCUGUCUGACGACUAUGAGCAGGUCCGCUCUGCUGCUGUUCAGAUGGUCUGGGUGCUCAGCCAGCUGUACCCAGAGAGCAUUGUGCCCAUCCCAUCAUCCAAUGAGGAGAUCCGGCUGGUUGACGACGCAUUUGGGAAAAUUAGUCACAUGGUCAGCGAUGGCUCCUGGAUGGUUCGGGUGCAGGCCGCCAAAACCCUGGGUUCGAUGCUGCAGGUUAGCUCUCACUUUCUGGAGCAAACGUUGGAUAAGAAGCUCAUGUCAGACCUCAGAAGAAAACGCACGGCCCACGAACGAGCCAAAGAGCUCUUUGCUUCUGGAGAGUUCUCCUCGGGCAGGAAAUGGGCUGAUGAUGCUCCCAAGGAGAAACUAGACACCAACACUGUCAACCUCAUCGCCUCGGGGGCCUGCGGUGCAUUCGUCCAUGGCCUGGAGGACGAGAUGUUUGAGGUGCGUAUCGCUGCAGUAGAGGCUCUCUGCCAGCUCGCCCGCUCGUCUCCCAGCUUUGCUGAAAAGUGUCUGGAUUUCCUCGUCGACAUGUUUAACGAUGAGAUCGAGGAAGUGAGGCUGCAGUCCAUCCAUGUGCUGAGAGAAAUCUCUACCCACAUAACGCUCAGAGAGGAUCAGCUGGACACUGUGCUUGCUGUACUGGAGGACUCGUCUCGGGACAUCAGGGAAGCUCUCCAUGAGUUGCUCUGUUACACCAAUGUCUCCACUAAGGAGUGCAUCCAGCUUGCUCUGCUGGAGCUGCUGAAGAACCUCAACAAGUACCCCACUGACCGCAACUCUGUCUGGAAAUGUUUAACGUUUCUGGGCUCCCGCCACCCAACGCUUGUGCUCCCGCUGGUUCCUGAGCUGCUCAGCACACAUCCGUAUUUUGACACACCAGAACCUGACAUGGAUGACCCAGCCUACAUUGCGGUUCUGGUUUUGGUGUUCAAUGCCGCCAAGUCGUGUCCCACCAUGCCGGCGCUGUUCUCCGACCACACCUUCAGACACUACGCCUACCUGAGGGACAGUCUGUCGCACCUCGUGCCGCCACUCAGGUUGCCGGGCAGAAAGCAGGUCUAUAGUCUAGACUCUGUGGACUCGGGCUGUGGGUCUGCUUCGGUGGAGUCUGCCAAACUCUUCCUCCAGCAGAGUCUGAACAGGAUCAGCACCAUCCAGAACCUGGAAACAACCGGAGCUCAGGACCUGCUGAACUUCACAAUACGAGAUCUGCAGCGGCUGGGCGAACUGCAGACUGAGCUUGCAGGAGCUGCUGAUUUCUGUGCUACAUACCUGCGCUGCCAGCUGCUGCUCAUGAAGGCCCUGCAGGAGAAGCUCUGGAACAUGGCCGUCCCUCUCUGCCUCAAACAAAAUGUCACCGCCACAGCUGCAGCUCAGCAGAUUUUAGAGGAAACCUACAAGCUGGAGUUCCUGUACAGCAGUUUGGAAAGCAGGCAGGUGGCUACAAUACAUCAUGUUCGCCUUCAGGCCAAAGCCCUGCAGCUGAUCCUGACGGCCCGCUCCGGACCAGGGCUGGAUCUUCUCAUCAGCAGCUGUGAGAAGUUUUUGCAGGAGAUUGAGUGUUUUCAGAGGAUGUUCCUGACAGAGCUCCCCCACCUCCAGGACAGUUUUGUGGACAAACUUUUGGAGCUAAUGCCCCGGCUCCUCUCUUGUAAGCCUGUGGAACUGGUGAAGAUUCUCCAGACGACCCUCAGACAGAGCGGUCUGCUGCAGCUCAGACUCCCUGAACAGAUCAACCGUGCAACAGCCACCAUCAUAGAGCCAACAGGGGAGUCUGAUAACCCACUGAGGUUCACUUCAGGCCUGGUGGUGGCGCUCGACAUCGAUGCCACGUUGGAACACGUCCAGGAUCCCCAGGACAAAGUGAAAGUGCAGGUCCUGUAUCCAGACGGUCAAAGUCAUGUGAUCCAUCCCAAACCUGCAGACUUUAGGAAGCCUGGACCGAACAGACACAGGCUCAUCACACAGGUUUACCUCUCACACACCGCCUGGACAGAGCCUUCACAGGUUGAGGUGCGCCUCCUGCUGGCCUACAGCUCUACUUCGUCCUCUCCCUCUUCGGCCAACAAGUCAGGUUGGAGCGACAGCAUCGACAGCCUCCCACCUGCAGAGGCCGCCGUCGAAGGAACGAUUCCGUUUAGCAAGCCUGUCAAAGUCUACAUUAUGCCUAAACCCGCACGAAGAUAACUGACCCUGAAAUCAACGAGACACGGCUUCAAAUCUGAACAGAUUUUUAAAACGCAGAUGGAGAAGUUUAAUCGCUGCAUUGGUUGGAUGUUAAAUAGUUUUUCCACUCCACAGACAAAACCCUUGGAAAAGAGAUUGAUUUUAUUUGUUGUCAAACAAGCAGAAAUACAUUCUUAUAUGAAAAACAUA